CACGAGCUGUGUUUGGUAAAAUGGGUGAGGAGCCGCAAACGACUGUAACAGUCAAAACGAAUGGCUCCAGCUCGCCCAGAUCAUUCUUAAAGGGUGUUUGCAUCCAAGAGGACGGGCUAAGCCGACUUUUGGACAUGCGGAGCGCUCAUGAGGCUGCAUUUCAUAAAGCAGUAGAGGAUUUGCCGAAUCAUGCACUGAAUUAUAACUACUGCCGAUUCGGAACGACCCCAAGAAGAGCGGAGUCGAAAGACUUGUCCAGUUUCGCAGUUCUGGCUUCAUCUGAGCUGUCCCACGAUCUUUCUUCCUUCAAAGCAACUCAGCAUACUGGAAAUUUGAGCCACAAUAAGUGGUGCGCUGUAGUCCCACCACCUAGAGGAGGAGCUAGCUGUAGUCCGCGAAGUAGAGGUGGAGACGAACCUAGUAGUCCCAGUCCGCGAAGUAGAGGUGGAGACGAAGCUGUUGGCAAGGACCGUUACGCCUUGAUGGACAAGGAAGCCACAGUCGAUUCUAGAAUUCUUUGUGUUGUUCUGCAGAAGUGGUUGGGUUCUCAUCCGGCAGUACAGGAGGACUUACCGAAAAGAUUGGCCUUUUUAAGGAUGCAAGGUCGGAUUCGAAUACCCUUGUUUGUCUUGGAGCAAAUGGAAAAAACUCCUGGUUCUCUUGGUCUGGAGCAGGUGCCAGAAGAGGACGAGCAGGUGCCAGACGAACCGGAACUUCUAGACGCACAAGAAGCACUUGUAAAUGCCGCACCAGAGUCAACAUCUCCUUCUCUGCUUGGAACAACAACUACACCAACAGGAUCUCGCCAGAUAGUCCCUGUACAAGCCCUAGACCCAUCAACUUCUCUCGAAGAUGAGGUGCUUUUAGUAAGAUCGCCUAGUAGUGAUAGUGCAAUAUCGAUACUGACACCAAGGAGGACUCCUCGUACCAUAGCUUCUGAAAAGAAGAAGAUCCAAGCGCAGGAGGUUGCUGUAGCUUCUGCAAAGCAUAAAAAGAUACAAUCCAAGGAGAUCCAAGCCCAACAAGUAGAAGCUGCCGGACGUGAGUACUACAAGAAAUUGCUGAAAGACGAGAAGACUGCGCGAAAGAACCACGAUAAGAAUCCUAGAAGUGGAGAUGUUAAAAAAAGUCCCCUAGUACCGCCAGCACUGUCUAAGACCUCUUCAAAAUCAUCGGAUGCUGUGGUUCUUUCUGACGUGACACAAGAACCUGAGGAUGACAAGAAAACUCCUAGCUCUCCAGUUGCAGUACCAAAAAAGACCUCCAUGUUGGUUCAUAGAGUGCCACCGGUGAUGGCAAAAGAACUUCGAGGGGAAGGUCGUUUACCAUUCAUGGGUGUGACGAAGCCUAGGCAAAGUGAAGCCCCGACAAGGCCGCCAAUUAAAGGAAGCAUGAUGCUGAGAAUAUCGACGCCUACGUCACGUGCUGGUACUAAUUUCAGAAGACUCCCGGGAGAAUCUGAAUCUCCUACUGCGGCUGAUCUUCGUAUUUUUACUGGAGGAACAUCUUCUGCACGAAAGGCGUCUCUUCUGGUUGAACGUGGAGACUCUACUGUGGAAGCCCUUGUGCCUGAUCCACGUUCGACCGGAGCAGGGUCAACAACAAGGUCUUCUUCAACAACUAGAGGAACUUUUCCAAAGUCAACAUCGGAGGUCUCUCGACGUUCGAGAAGUUCAGCGCCCAAGGGAGCGACGUCCUCGUCCUCGCCUCGAGCAGCACCCCAGUCGGCUCGUACACCUCAGUCUCCGCGUGUGCUGAUAGAUAGGAAGACCACCAAGUUUUCAGCGGCCGUGGCGAAGAAGAGAAUAGUAGCAGUCGCCUCGUCUAACUUGUCAGGUGGUCCGAAACCAGCGAAACCACCAAGCGCAACAGCAGCUGCAAAAGGGGUUCCAAAGCAGCUGCCCAGACCGUCAAAGGACUGA